CGUCGGCGCGCGCUGUUUCUGUCCCACAAUCAACUUUUUGGCUGCUCUCUGCCUACUAGUUACAUUAUAGUCGUUGACGAAGAUACAGUGGUGCCGUUGUAAGAAACAAACGCGUAGCAAGGUGUGACUGUACGCUUCUGAACAGAACAUACAGUCUCAUUUCUGUUGUCAGAUGUCCUGGCUCCCCUGGUCACUGCUGUCAUCAUGUCCCAGACCAACACCUCUUUCCUGGACGAGGUGGUGCAAUGGAGUCAGGAAACCUGUCGCCAGAAGCUCAAGACUGUCCUGCCAAAACUCACUUCUUUGCAUGAUAACUCUGAGAGUUGGGAUGAUCAUAUACGUAUACUGAAGAUCAUUACGGACAUGUUCCUCCCUCAUAUUGGCUUGUCUGAACUAGAAGAUGAGUGCUUUUCCAAGAUCUUACCGAAGGCAGUGACGAUGUUUGACAGUAUGAUGAAAGAAAUCUUGGACCAAGUGGGAGGGCUGUCCAGUCAAAACACUGAACUGUGUUCCUUACUAAGGAACAUUCUGCAGGCAAUGGUGCAGAUUAUUGAUGCACUAUCCACUUGUGUGCGUCACAUUGGAACAUUUGAGGAAGCCCCUGACUUGGAUGCUAUCCGCUCGUUGCCAACUUGUAUCCUGAAAGUCCUGAGGGAAACCUUUAAGCACUGCAAGGAGAGUGAGGUGGUUUACUGUGGCCGUCUGUCGCUGGUGGCCGACCUGCUGCAGGGACUCUUCAAAGAGGCCUACUCCCUGCAGAAGGGUUUGUUGGAGCUGCUCGACAGGAUCUCCCUGGACAGCAGUGCUUCAGAGGAAGAGGUCUCUGACAUUGUAACAGUGAUUCACAACCUGCUGGAUAUCUGCUCUAUUAUCUCCAACUUGGACAUAGCACUGCAUGCAAACACAUGGAAAUUCCUCAUCAAACAGAGUCUGAAAUACCAGUCAUUGGUGGAGGAACAUCUACAUCACGGUGACAUCAGCAACAGGCUGUGUGACAACCUGUUGGCCUCCUUUCACAACUGUGUGGAGCUGGGUGAACAGAUUAAACAUGCUGGUCUGCAGGAGGCAACACAAAGCCCGGAAUACAAGCUGUUCCAGAAAACUGCAAAGAUGUGUAGAUUUUUUGCCAACACUUUGGUUCAUUACAUAAAGGAAUUUAAAUUUUUUCUGUCAAAAUAUUGUUACUGCUUUCAUCAACUCUACCUCCAGAUCAUCAGUAAGUUACCUCCCAGUUUGUGUGCUCCAACACUGCCCUCAGCUAUAUCCGAGGAGCUGAAUGCAGCAGCAAGGGUUCCCAUGGAUGCCCUCGUGCUCCAGCUGUUGCCUUUAAGGCCCUUCGCCGAAGUUGUCCUCCAGCAGGACCUGCGUUUGACUCCUGAGCAUGAGCUUCCUCAGAGUCUUUUGCUGGUGAGUGUCCUGGGUCAGCUCCCCUCCCAACCAGAGGAGGUGCUGCAGCUUUGGCACACUGGCAGCAAGUUCUCAGAGGAAACACCCAGGCUUCCUCUCUAUCAGGCCAUGUUCACUAGUUUCAAGCGAUGCUACACUGAGCGUCAGGUACCUGUGCUGUUGCCAGGGGUGAUGAUGAAGGGUCAGGCCCAGGUCCAGGUCACUCUACACAACCACAUCUGUGUGCAACUCUGUGCCAGUGUGGCUGCACUCCCCCCGGUGUACUUCCACGUGCUGGAGCGUUGUUUGGUUGAUACUGUGCUGCAGGCUGAUACUCCGACAGCUCUGCUGGCAACAGAUGUGUGGUGCUUUGCAGCACGGUAUGGGACAGCAGAACUCUGUCUACAUCAUGUCUUCCUCGUUGCUCAGCUGGUGAAAGCUUGUACCACUGAGUGUUACCAGUCGGUCCACCUGGGCCUGCUACUCAAACGCAUGGUUUUCCUCAUGACGCCGAACCACCAGAUGGAGCUGGUAGUGCGUUUCCCACCCUCUGAGGUGGAAAACCUUCCAGUGUGGCGACACAUCCUCCUCAGAGCUCUUUCACAUGAUGCCCGCCACCGCGUAGAGGUGGACAUCAUUGGCCUUACUCAAAAAGCUCUGACCGACUGGCAGAAUGGAGGGUACAAACUAGGACAAGUGGACAAAGUGAACAUGGUGCUGUUAUCCCUCCUAGCGGUGGUCCGGGUGCAGUCAUCUCCUGAGGAACAGUGUGUGUUGUCUGCGAUAAGGAUAAUCACACAGCUCUGGUUCCGAAUGAGUCCGGACCAGGUGCAGACCCACCCUGCGCUCCAGAGCACUCUGCAGCUGCUCCUGUCAAUAUCAACCAUUUUAGUGAAAAACCUCGAACCUCAAGUCAUUUGUCAGGCUCUGUUGUGUGUGGAUGCUGUGGUGUCUCACAAGUGUGCAGAUCAGCUGCUGCCUGCUCUGCAGUUCCUCGCCUCUUUAGGGAAGAUCUUUGUCCCCCCGGACAGCCAGAAUCAAAUUCUGCCGAGGCUGAGUAACCUGUUUGGAGUCCUGUUGGCUGACCGAUCCUGGCUGCUACAUCAGCACGCCCUGGAGGCCUUUUCUCAGUUUGCAGAGAUUACAAACCAUGAAGAGGUAAUAUCCCUGAGUUUGGGUGUGGAAGAUACCAAGACGAAGGUGGUGAACUAUCUUAGCAAGACGGUUAACGGAAAGGAAGAUGUGGCGUCACGGCUACAGCGGCUCAAGCUGGAGUCAGCAGUUAUCGAGCAACACAAUGAGAGGCUGGAGAACAACAAAGAAAUGGCUUCGAACAAACCGGCUGCUGACCAUUCAGAGCCAUGCCCAAAGAGAGCUCGGCAGGAGACCAGUCCAGAGGAGUACAGGCGCUACAUCCACACAGCUGAGAGUGCUCUGAAAGCCCUUCAGGCUCUCACCGAAGAUAAAGCCAACAGUACUGAACCACCGCCACGGUGGCUGGAAUCCAGACUACAGGAGCUCCAGACCCUCAUAACCCACAUCAGCACAGCCAGACACUCAACCUAGCGACUUCAUGUAUAGUGAACUUAAUAAAUCACAGUCUGGGCCUGUAUACCCUUUGCUGCUGAAAAGUCUCUUCAAUUUUAAACCGGUAAGUUUGGAUUGAUAUUGUUUAUUAAACUUGUUUGAAUA